AGCCUUUUAAAAGUUAAAGAAAAAGUAUCCCCACAUCCUAUCACUUCAGAUUAUCUCAAAUCUGAUAUUAUUCGAAAUUUUAACUAUCUAUAAGCGUACUAUUCCUUUAACGAAUUGUUGAACCUACCAUUUAUAAUCAUAAAGCUUCUCUCCAUAACCACAACACAAGGUUAUCUAGCCAUAGCUAUCAUGUUUCUGUCUUUUACUAAUCAUUUCUCUCUAGUCGCCAACAUUUUCCUUCUUGGAUCGUCACUAUGCUUUGCAGCCCGAUCAACACCAACGUUUACACAUGCAGCCAUUGUGAACCAGAACAACAAAAGGGUCGAUAUCAACGGCUUCCUCAAUUCCGGAAAGGGAAGCCACGUCUUGGGUAUAUCCAAGUUGAAAAAAUAUUUCCAUCAAUUCGGCUAUCUCCCAUCUCAAUAUGAUGAUUUUUCAGAUAAUAAAUUUGAUGCAACGUUCGAAUCAGCUGUCAUUCAUUAUCAAUCACAACUUGGUCUUCCUGUUACUGGUAAGCUCGAUUUUGAAACUGUGUCAAAGAUAAUGACGCCAAGAUGCGGUGUACCUGAUUUUCAUACUGCGGCUGAUACAUUGCAUGCAACAAAGAGUUACGUGUUUUUUCCAGGCAAACCACGAUGGGCUCGUCACGUGCCUAUGAAACUCACCUACGCAUUCUCAAAGGAUUAUUUAAUAAAAAACUUGACGAUAUCAGAUAUUAAGGUGGUGUUUAAAGGCGCUUUUGGUAAAUGGGCAUCUGUUAUUCCAGUGAGUUUCAUUGAAACUGAUGAUUAUGGUUUUGCUGAUAUCAGAAUAGGGUUUUACAGCGGUGAUCACGGCGAUGGAGAGCCGUUCGAUGGGGUUUUGGGAGUGCUCGCUCACUCGUUUUCACCUGAGAGUGGAAAGUUUCAUUUAGAUGCUGCAGAGACGUGGGCUAUAGAUUUUGAAAUGGAGAAAUCACCAGUCGCCAUUGAUUUAGAAUCAGUAGCUAUACAUGAGAUUGGACAUUUGUUGGGGUUGGCUCACAGUCCUAACAAGGAAGCCGUCAUGUAUCCAACAUUGAAACCUAGAGAUAAAAAACUAGACUUGACUCUUGAUGAUAUACAAGGAGUUCAAGCUCUGUAUGGAUCAAACCCUAAUUUCACAUUUAGCUCAUUGUUAGAGUCUGAUAUUUCAACGAAUCAGACGGUUAAGUUAAAAAUCAGAUGGUUUUUGUCGGCCACUCUCAUUCUAUACCAUGUUCUUUUGAUGAUCAUAUGAGAAGCGUCGACAUGAUUCAAUAGAAAUGUAUAUUAGAAGAAUAUACAUUACACACGCAGCCCAAAAUCAAACGGAGCUGUUUGAUUUUUCUUGUUAAUUUCCAUUUUCUAUCUGAAGAUUUGUUCAGGACUUGCUGUUAUGGGUCCUCUUCACCAUCACAUUCGGUAUUACUUAUUGUUCAUUUGUUAUUAUUUACCAUUUGA